AUGUAUUCACCCAUCUUCCUCCUAACUCUCCUCCCAAUCCUCCCACUCCUCCCCCUCACCCUCGCCAUCCCAGCUGCUCUCCCCAACCCCUCACCCGAAACCUCCACCAUCUCCACCAUCAACACUACCACAACCUGCACCGCCAUCCGCAUCAUCACCGCGCGCGCAUCCACCGAAGCCCCCGGCGAAGGCAUAAUCGGGACUCUUGCCUCCGCCAUCGAACUCGGCACCUCCCAAUCCGUCACUCGUACUUCCGUUUCUUAUCCUGCGUUACUGGCGCCUUAUCCACCUAGUGUGGCGAGUGGUGUUGCGGCUAUGAAGGCGGAUUUGAUUGCAGCCGUGGAGGCGUGUCCGCAGCAGAAAAUCGUUUUGUUGGGGUAUUCGCAGGGUGCGGAAUGUAUUAGUGAUACGCUCGGCGGAGGAGGAGGUGGACUCCUAGGGACCAGAACCCCAGCUGUCGAUUACGCGAAAUACGGAUCCCAUGUUAAAGCUGCUGUUAUGAUGGGUGAUCCCCGCUACAUGACCAAUCAACAAUCCUUCCACGUAGGCACCUGUUUCCAAAACGGACUCUUUCCUCGCUCGAGCGAUCAAUCGGCUUCUUUGAAGGGUUAUUCGACGAUUCUGAAGUCGUAUUGUGAUUUUGGGGAUCCGUUUUGUUGUUCCGGUGUGGAUACGCUGGAGCAUUUGACUUAUACGGUGAAGUAUAAUGCGUUUGCUGUGAGUUUUGUUUUGGGGAAGAUUGAGUAG